UGCAUGUCAAGCCGAAAUGGUGAGUUAAAACUCUCAGGAGUAGCUGGAGCUCUGGGGUGACACAGCCAGAAAAUGCACCCAAUUCGUGUAUUUAAUGUGGACGUGUACACACAACUGUGUCGGGAACAGUUGGGUUCAGUUCUGACCUUGGCAAGUAAACUUCCUGCUCCCAUCAAACCCAUCAUGGCCUCACCCUGGUCUGAAGAGGACGCUUUUGUCUGUUCCGUAUGCCUGGAGACCCUGAAGGACCCAGCAACUCUACCCUGUGGACAUUCUUACUGUUUGACUUGUAUCCAGAGUCACUGGGACAAAGGGAACAGCAAGGGCCAGUACAGCUGCCCACAGUGCAGGCAGAUCUUCAAGCCGCGACCCUCCCUGGCAAAGAGCACAGUCCUAGUGGAAGCCAUGGAGAAGCUUCGGAGCAAUCGUCUCAAUCCAAAUCCCUCUACAGUUGUCUCCUCUGCUCCAUCAUCAGAACCAAUCUACCUGGAACUUCUUCCAGAAAUCGGACCGCGGCAAGGCAGUGUAUAUCCUCAGCUUCCCACCAUGUCUGCCAGACCAUGUCCUCAACAUAACCAGCCUUUGGAUCUGUUUUGCCAUGACGACAGGGAGUGUGUGUGUGAGGUGUGUUGUCAGCAGGAACACAAAGGGCACCGUGUGCUCAAGCCUGAAGAUGAGAGGAAGGAGAGACAAAAGGAACUCACUCAGAUGCAAGCAGAGGUGGAGAGGCGAGGUCAGGAGACAGAGAAGACACUAAAGGAACUCCCAAAUGUUGCCCGUCAACAUAAGUCUUUGGUCCAGUCUCUGCAGGAAGAGAGACUGGAUUUGUUUUCCGAACUUGUGAAGGUCAUUACUCUCACCGGCACUCAAGUUGGUGAGCUUCUCGGCACACAUGAGCGGUCUUUUGGCAGCCUAAUUGAGGACCGUAUCCACAGACUGGAGCAGGAGAUGGUCCAGCUUCACUGGAAGGGAGAGGAGCUGAGCAGGCUGGCAGACAUGCAGGACCACAUCUGCUUCUUAAAGAAUUUCCUCACAGUGGAGCUGGCAGGUCCAACUGGUGCCACACAGGAGACAAUAAUGAGCAAUGAGGAAGCGGUGAUAGUGGACGUCCGCUCAGCCUUAAAGGAGCUGCAAGAGUCGAUAAAGGAGCUCUGCAAAUCCAGUCUUGCCAAACUUGUCACUUUAGUGAAUGAGGACCCUGCGGUCUUGAGAAGUGAAGGUGCCACAGCACAAAACAUUAUGCCAGUUAAUGGCUUUUCUACUGUGCAAAACACGGUUUAUGAGACGCAACAUCCUACACCUUUACCCUUGCCACGGCCCUCAGUGUCAUCCAAGUCUUCACAUCUACCUGCACUAGACUCUGCCAAUGAAGCUUCAGCGCCACCAUUCCCUCAGCCUCAACCACAAGCACCCAAGCCUGUAACAACAGUGGGACUUGUGAGCCCAGAACCAAAGAUGAGGGAAGAAUUGCUGAAAUUUCGCUUUGAGCCCACCAUUGACCCCAACACAGUGUAUCGGCAUAUUCGGCUGUCAGAUGGCGGUCAUAAGGCCACAUUGCGCGCAGAGAACCUGAACCCGGUGGACUACCCGGAACGCUUCCACUAUUGGCGACAGCUUCUCUGCAGAGAGCCACUGGGGGGCAGCCCUUACUACUGGGAGGUGGAGUGGACUGGCCAGAAGAUUACAAUUGGAGUGGCCUAUAAGGACAUGGAUCGCCAGUCUUCUGAUGAUAAAAGCCGUUUGGGCCACAAUCCCCUUUCCUGGAGCUUGUACUGGUCUGGGUCCAGUUUUUCCUUUUGGCACAAUGGCCAGGAAAAACUCUUGGGCUCGCCCAAAGCCAGACGGAUUGGCACUUAUCUAGACCAGCAUGCAGGCAUUUUGGCAUUUUACCGCAUCACCAACGACCAGGCACACCUCAUCCACAGACACGAGACCCAGUUCAGCGGUCCACUGUACCCAGGAUUCCGGUUCUGGAGUGGAGUUGGUGCUACUGUAACAGUCUGCCAGUUGGAUUGAAAUACAAAUGAAGUAUCUGUACUUUGGUUAGCUUUCAAUUGUUUGCAAUGAGAUUUUUUCCCCACACUUCUAAUUAAUGUAGUAAAAAUAUAAAGUUGUAAUAAACAUUCCAAAGCAAA